AUGGAGAAUGACAAGGAUGAUCUUCAGCCAUGGUCGAUAGCCACGACGGCCGCAGUCACGGCGUUGGCCUUCGUGGCUGUUUGCCUCCGACUGGUGGCACGUUAUGAAAGAAAGCAGAAGUUAUGGUGGGAUGACUACAUGAUCAUUUUCUCCAUGUUCUGGAAUUUUAUUGUUGUCGGAUUCAUCUACGCCAUGAUUAAAGAAGGUAUGGGUCUUCACGCCAACUUCAUCCCAACCAGUAACGUUGUUAUGAUUGCAAAAUACCUCGUCGUGGCCGAGAUUCUCUACGUGUUCAACCUCGUCUGGACCAAGCUUGGCAUUCUGCUCAUGUACUACCGAGUUUUCCGCUUCCCCUAUUUCAAGACAUGGGCAAUCAUCAUCGGAGUCUUCGUCUGCCUCUGGGUUAUCUGCAUUACCUUCCUCUUCAUCUUCAUCUGCGUGCCGGUCCAGAAACUCUGGUAUCCCCAGAUCCCAGGCCGAUGUAUCAACCAAGUCGGCACAUGGAUCGCCAACGCCGUCUCAACAAUCGCAACCGACCUUAUCAUUUUGUGUCUCCCAAUUCCUCAAAUAUUGAAGCUCCAGCUUCGUCUCUCAGAAAAGAUAGCGGUGCUUUUCGCCUUCAGCCUGGGCUUCUUCGUUGUCUUCGCCUCCGCCUACCGCUUCUCAGUCCUCUUCACUUAUGACCCAAUGGAUUCCUCCUACACUCUCGCCCCAACAGUAGGCUGGACCGCCAUAGAGAUGUCCGCCGGUAUCGUCUCCGCCUGUCUCCCAACCCUCCGCCCAGCCCUCCGUCUAGGAGCCCGCCUCCUCGGCUUCAACGGCAAACUACCGGCCCUCUUCCGAAGCACAAAUGGCCAAAUCAGCAAGACAUCGAAUCCUACAACUGGACCAUCCCACCUGGACGACAGCACCAUCACCAUCAUCCAGCAGACCGAGCGACCAAAGCGGCAUUCCUUCUACCAUUUACCGGAUGAAACGGACUCGACGGCAGAGCAGGCACGAAUGGAUGCGUCGUUUAGGCCGGAUUAUGCGAAGACGUAUACGAAUGUGUUAGGGCCGAGGGUUAAUGGGCGUUUGAGUGGGGAUGAGAUUCCUUUGAAUGGGAUCCGUGUGGAUAGGGAGUUUACGCAGACCAGUAGGCGUUAA